GUAACCUUACAAUUGCUUGUGUGUAAAGCUUUCUUUCUGCAAAUUGGCAGUCCAUUUCCUCACUAAUCAAUCCAAAAAUCAAUACCCAUGAUUCAAUUUUCUUCUCUUUUCGUUUUCUAUAUUUGUCCCAUUUCAAUGGCUUUUCUUUCUCCUUCUCUCUCUCCCCACUAUUUUCCUCUUCGUCUUCUUCGCCUUUCCCUGUUAUUCCCCUCUCUUUCAUAGCUGUUUUCACUGUUCUUGUAAGUGGAAUGGGUCCAUCUCCAUCUCUUCCUUCGCUUCUCGUGGAUUCAAGCUGACCCAGGGUCAUCAGCAAGAUUAGGAUCACGGGAGAAAAGAACCGCAUGGACAAGAGGAAGCUGUUCUUGGACUACAUUUCCUCCAAUUGUUCUCAGCUGGGUAAUAAAUUAUGAAACAACCGCAGCUGGUCAAACAAACGAGGGCUUUCUAUAAAACAACACACAAAUAAUGGGAGCAAAGCAUAUGCAAUCUAACUCUAGCAUGGUUGGAAAAGCCUCAAAGAGCCACAAAAUGGUGUGCAAAGCUAUUGAGAGGCCUAGCAGAGAAUUUCAACAGCCGUCUCCUAAAAGUUUGGCGGCUGCAUCAUCAAGGGUAGCUUGUUGUAGAAAUCAAAGAUCUUGUACUUGUAAACGUUGUAUGGAGUUUGGCCGACAUAAUGAGAUUAGCCUAAAAUUGGUUCAGAAGAAUGAAGCGGCUGAGCCAUUUAUGAGUAAGAAGUUUGUUGGUGUGGCUGACAAACAGUGUAAACAAUUACUAGAUGCCUUGGGAAUUUUCAACUCAAAUAGGGAACUGUUUGUAAAUCUACUACACGACCCAAAUUCUCUGCUGAUUAAACGUAUCGAAGACUCUACCGAUUCUCGGGACAAAAAGCAGCAGACGAAGACUUUCUUCAAUGGCAGAUUAUCAGAAAAUAAGAUAAAAGAAGUGGGGGAAUACGAGGAGCCUGCCCAUAGUCACAAUUUGAAGCCCUGUGAUAGUGAUGAUUCUCUAUCCUUGGAAAGAAUAGUAGUCUUAAAGCCAAAUCCAAGUAGCUCACUACAUGCGGCUGUGGGAACCAAUUCUGGCUCCUCUCUGAAAUCUCAUUCUAGUUUCAUAAAGAAUGUGGAGAGUAACAAAGGAACUCUUUUUUCUUUUAGACAAAUAAAGAGGAAGAUGAAGCAAGCAAUGAGGGUAGGGAGAAAAGAAGAUGAAUGUCUAUCAACUAAUGGUAUGUCCAUGGAAACUCCACUGGUCUAUAGGGCCCCAAAAGAUGAUCAACUAGACAAGGUCUUUUACUCUAGAAAUGGGGACAAGACGGCUUCAACCAGUGAAAGUAAUGGCGUGAUGGUAGGCCAGUCAGCUGUUACCGGUCAUCUCAAACGACAGAAAUCUAAGAAGCGUGAAGGGGACAAAGAGGUUGUAAGAAAAAUGAAAGCAAGACCAUGGGGGUGGGUUAUGUGCUUUUCUGACGAUGACAUAUUGCCAUCAAAUAAACCCGGAUGCCAUACUGCUGCUCAUACGAGACAUGCCCAACUUAGCAACAAAAAGUUCAUCUAUGAGAAGUCAAAAUCUCAAAAUGAUGAAAAACAACGUUGUGAAACUCCACAAAUGGCUAGGAGAGAUGAUGACCAAUGGCAGGGAUCAAAUGCAGAGUUGAAUGUGUCAUACGUCCUUUCUCCUGAUGUCAAAGUGAAUGAAUAUCCAACUAUUGAAGGAUCUGUGAAGAUUGUAAAAGACAUUGCCAUUAUACCCCAUGAAGGAAAUAUCUUUUGUGAAGCAUCAUCAUCUGGAUUUGAUAACAAAUUCAAUGGCUUCAGAGAAAAAGCAAGUCUGGAGCUGUCUAAACGGAAUUUGGCUCUAGAGGCUCAAGAACCAUCCAGCUUAUCACGAUUUCAGACAGUGGAAGAUCCUAAUGGUUUUUUCGAUAGAGAAGUGCAGCCACUACCAGAAACUAUUCAUUUGGUANCUGCUGCUGCCUCUAGCCACCUUGCAUUCACUCCAAGAACAGCUGAUGAGUCAACUGGUGAAGCACUCCCCAUUAGUUUUGAAGAGAGCCAGUGUACUGGUUUGGCUAGCUUGCAAGAGGUUCUUGAUCCUGCCAUUUCUACCUUUAAUUGUUGUUGCUCCGUCUCUAAAUAUGUACUUGAGCUGCUGCAAGUCUCAAACCAGAAUUGGAACGAACUGUCAGUGGAUUGUCAUUCUUCAGCUUGGCUGCGGAUACCAUUUGUUGACAAAGUGAAGCUGUUUGGUACCCAGUUAUGUGGUGAUUGUGUGCUUGUUUUCGACUAUUUUAAUGAAGUUCUUGAGGAUGUUUUCCAGUGUUAUAUUAGAUGCUCCCCAUGGCUAUCAUCUUAUAAGGCACACAUCCAGGCACCCAAUAAGGAGAACGCUCUGUAUCAUGAGGUUAUGCAACAUAUGGACUGGCCACUCCUGCAGCAGCAACCUCCACAAACGCUUGAUCAUCUUUGUUUGAGAGACUUGAGAUGUAGAACAUGGAUGAAUUAUCCAACAGAAACUGAAGAGAUUGUUACCAUUAUAGCGGAAUCUGUUCUAAGAGAAUUAGUCAUUGAAAGUGUUGUUUAUCUUGGUUUGUGAAGCUUUCCUUUAUCAUGAUAUCGUGAGCCAGAGUUCAUGUGUAGAAUCAGCAGUCUAUUUGAAUAGGAUGUUGUGUAACUCCUUUGGAUCAAUAUGUUACUAAACCUUUCUCUGAUGCCUUACUUUCUGUGCCAUCAAAUUCUAACACAAACGUUCACUGUC